AUGACAAAUCCUCACUUCACUCUUGCUGAUCUUAUACUGGUGUUGCUGUUGCAUAAUUGUUUUUCCUUGUCUAUGGAAUCAGCCAACAUCACCACAGACGAACUAGCUCUUCUUGCAUUCAAAGCCAAUGUCCAUGACCCUCAAAACCUCUUGGCAGCCAACUGGUCUAUAUCUACCUCUGUUUGCAAUUGGAUUGGUGUCAGUUGCGGAUCCAAGCACCAAAGAGUCACAGUUCUUAGUCUUUCUAACUUGAGUCUAACUGGAACUCUCCCACCUCACUUGGGAAAUUUAUCUUUUCUUUCAUUCCUCAACAUCGAAGAAAAUGGUUUUGAAGGCUCAUUACCUGUCGAGUUGGCUAAUUUGCAUCGGCUGAGAUAUAUAAGCCUUGCUAAUAACAACUUUGCCGGGGAACUGCCAUCAUGGUUUGGUUCCUUCCCUAAACUUGAAAGCUUGUAUUUGCAAAAAAAUUUCUUCACGGGUGUUAUCCCCUCUUCUCUGUGCUAUUUACCAAAGCUAGAGAUCUUGGAUUUGCAUGAAAAUAAUCUGAAAGGACAGAUUCCUGCAGAUAUUGGAAAUCUUCCAAGGUUGAAGAUGUUAUAUUUGCGGAAUAAUCAGCUUUCAGGUUCCAUACCCUCCUCAAUCUUUAACAUAUCUUCAUUGCAAGUUGUUGAACUCAAAAGCAAUUAUCUAACUGGUUCCAUACCCUUCAUCCCACUCAACUUAUCUUCUCUUCAAAUCAUUGACCUUGGCUUUAAUAAUCUCACUGGUCAUCUCCCUCCCAAUACGUUUGAUCUCCUUCCUGAACUACAAAAUAUUUAUUUGGAUAGGAACCUAUUUUCUGGUGGAAUCCCAGCAGGCUUAGUCAAGCAUGAAAAAUUACAAGUUUUAUUCUUGUCUCACAACCAAUUUGAGGGGACUGUGCCUGAAGGAAUCGGGAAUUUGACUACGCUCAAGGCAUUGUUCGUUGGCUGGAACAACUUUAAAGGUGAAAUUCCCAGGCAAAUUGGUGAUCUUAUUGGUUUGGAGAUGUUAAGCUUUGCAGGACUUGGACUAUUGGGUUCUAUUCCUGUAUUUAUUGGGAACCUAACUCUUCUUACAACUCUUGAUUUAAGCUUUAACAACUUCACAGGUGCAAUUCCACCUGAGAUUAGGAGCCUUUCUAAUCUCGAGGUCUUAUAUUUGGGAGAUAACAAACUCGUUGGUCCUAUCCCUCCUGCUUUCUUUAACAGCUCAACUAUGCAGUACUUGUCACUGCAAACAAAUCGCCUCUCAGGCCAUCUUCCGGAAACUCUUUGGCUUCCACAAGUUGAGUACUUUUAUCUUGGAGAAAAUCAACUCGGUGGAGAAAUCCCAUCCUCUCUCUCCAAUGCCUCCCAGCUUAUUAGCAUUGAGCUGCAAAGUAAUUUCUUCUCUGGCAUUCUUCCGGACUCUUUUGGCAAUCUAAGAAAUCUAGAAGAUCUCAACCUGCAGGAUAACAAUUUCUCUAGUAAACUUUCAUCCCCAGAAAUGAGCUUCAUCUCAUCUUUGACAAACUGCAGAAACUUGAAAUACUUGUACAUUGAUGGAAAUCCAUUAAUCAAUACUAAACUUCCAGUUUCGAUUGGAAAUCUCUCAAGUUUUCUUGAAGUUUUCUCUGCUCCUGGGUGCAACAUCAAGGGCAGCAUCCCGAGAGAAAUUGGGAACUUAGGCGGCUUGGUGAGCAUGAACCUGGACAACAAUAAAUUGACUGGAACGAUUCCUGCAACUGUUGGCAGAGUAAGAGACCUGCAAUCUUUUUCUGUGCAAGACAAUGAUUUAGAAGGAUCGAUCCCAGUUGAUAUAUGUCGUUUGGAGAGCUUGAGUUUAUUACUUCUCACCAACAACAAACUCUCUGGACCAAUACCGGCAUGCUUGGGUAAUCUCAAUUCUCUAAGAUCUCUGUUCUUGGGCUCCAACAGUUUUACAUCCUCAAUACCCUUAAACUUGACAAGACUGGAAGAUAUCUUGCAUUUGAAUUUGUCUUCGAAUUCCUUAACUGGCCCUCUCCCAAUUGAUAUUGGAAAAUGGAAGGUUGUGAUUGAUAUGGAUUUAUCAGGAAACCAAUUAUCAGGGGAUAUACCGGCUAGUAUUGGGGAUCUCAAAGGCAUUACCCAUCUCUCCUUAUCUAGUAAUAAGUUGCAGGGCUCCAUUCCUCAGUCGACUAGUGGCAUGAUAGACUUGGAAUUCUUGGAUUUGUCAAGAAAUAAUCUAUCUGGAACAAUUCCUAGAUCCCUAGAAAAGCUUUGGAAUCUCAAAUAUUUUAAUGUCUCUUUCAAUAGACUUGAAGGAGAAAUUCCCGACGGAGGAGCAUUCUCAAACUACUCGAUUCAAUCGUUUAUGGGGAAUCAAGCAUUGUGUGGUGCUGCUCGAUUGCACCUCCCACCGUGCAAAAAUAACGCUCAUAAUCGAUCCAGGAAGAUCACAAAUCUUCUAAAAUAUAUUCUACCAACAGUAGUUGCCAUAACAAUAUUAACACUGGCCUUGAUCAUCAUUUUUUUACGAUGUCAAAAAAGGAAAGCAAGCUUGCCAAGUCACGGAGAUAUUUUACCUUUAGCAACAUGGAGAAGAAUUUCAUAUCACGAGCUUCAACAAGCUACUGAUGGAUUUUGUGAAAGCAAUUUGCUUGGUAUCGGAAGUUUUGGCUCAGUAUACCAAGGGACACUGCCAGAUGGAACAAGCAUCGCAGUGAAGGUGUUCAAUUUGGAGUUAGAAAAAGCCUUUAAGAGCUUUGAAGUUGAGUGUGAGGUCCUUCGAAACAUUCGCCAUCGGAAUUUGGUCAAAAUCAUGAGUAGUUGCUGUAAUAUUGAUUUUAAAGCUUUGGUAUUAGAGUUCCUGCCUAACGGAAGCCUGGAGAAGUGGUUGUAUUCUCACAACCAUUUUGUAGAUAUCUUGCAGAGGCUGAACAUAAUGAUAGAUGUUGCAUCUGCUUUAGAGUAUCUCCAUGAUGGUCAAACAACAUCCGUGGUGCAUUGCGAUUUAAAGCCUAGCAAUAUCCUUCUAGAUGAAGAUAUGGGUGCACAUUUGGGUGAUUUUGGCAUAGCAAAACUUUUAGGUGAAGAGGGCUCAGUGAUACAAACAAUGACAUUGGCAACUAUUGGGUAUAUGGCACCAGAGUAUGGAGCGGAGGGAAUCAUUUCCAUAAAAUGUGAUGUCUACAGUUUCGGUAUUCUUUUGAUGGAAAUCUUCACAAGAAAAAAACCCACAGAUGAAAUGUUCUCGGGAGAAAUGAGCUUGAAGAAUUGGGUGCAACAGUCUUUACCAUCUGCAGUAAUUCAAGUUGUGGACAAAAAUUUGCUAAGUUCUAGAGAGAGAGAACACUUGGCAACAAAGGAUUGUGCCUUGUCCAUUUUGCAAUUGGGUAGUGAAUGUUCUGCAGAUUUACCUGAGGAGAGGAUUGACAUGAAAAAUGUUGUUUUGAAGCUGAAAAAGAUCAAAAUCAAGUUUCUAAAAGACCUUGAACGGGUUAGAUAA